GACAAUACCAACCCGAAAUGGUGGAAGGACCGUGGUCUACGAUUGAACGUGCUUUACUGGUGUGUCACUUUUGUCACCUGGAACACGUUGCUCGGAUACUCUCUUCUCACCGGUCUCCAGGCCGUCCCUUCUUGGGGUGUCUACUUCAACCACCCGUCAGGAAACAUGCUUGGUCUCAUUACGGCUUCUAUCUUCUUGCCCGCCAUCAUUUUCUGUUUCGUCGGUGGUUACCUCGGUAACUUGAUCGGUCGUCGACCCACUAUUCUCAUCGGUAACGUCUUCAUGGUCGCUGGAGCUCUUCUCAAUGCUCUCGCAAAAAACAGAGGCCAAUUCUCCGGUGGUCGUGUGCUUAUCGGUAUCGGUGGUUCAAUGAUCAAGGUCGUCGCUCCUGCUCUCAACCAGGAACUUGCCCACCCUCGUUUGCGACCUGUCUUGGGUGCCAUGUACUACGGUUUCUACUACACCGGUAGUACUAUGUCAUCAUGGCUGUGUGUCGCCGGUCUAUACAUCGACAGAGGUGGCGAGUGGGGUUGGCGUUUCCCUUGUCUUUUCCAGAUCGUCGGACCUAUCGUCAUCGCUUCCAUCACUCUUGCCUCACCUGAAUCUCCUAGAUACUACAUUAAGAAAGGUAACCCCGAAAGAGCUCUUCAGGUUUUGGCUCGACUCCACGCCAACGGUGAUAUGGACGACGAACUUAUCCACUACGAGGUCCGAGAAAUCCGUACAGCUAUCGACGCUGAGAACGAAGGCGCCAACACUUCUUACAAGGACUUCUUCCGCACUCCAGGUAACAGGAGACGUUUGAUCUGUGCUAUCACUCUCGGUCUCGGAACCAACUGGGUUGGUAAUGGUCUGGUGUCUUACUACCUCUCUCCCGUACUUAAAUCCGUCGGUAUCAAAAGUCCUCUCCAGAUCACCUGUAUCAACGCCGGUCUUGCCAUGUGGAAUUUGGUUCUUGCUUGGGGAGGUGCAUGGGCCGUCGAACGAUUUGGUCGUCGUCCAUUAUUCUUUAUCUCCACUUGGGGAAUGUUCUUCUCGUAUGCUGUCGUCAUGGGACUUUCUGCUGGGUUCGCACAGACUGCAAGUUCUAGGAUGGGAACAGCUGUCAUUCCAUUCCUCUUCUUCUUCUACGGUUUCUACGAUAUCGCAUGGACUCCACUUCCUUACCACUACACUACAGAGAUUAUGCCUUAUGGUCUUCGAACCAAGGGUCUUGCCAUCUUCACAAUGUUCAAUCAAUUGGGAAACGCCUUCAACCAAUUCGCCAACCCAGUCGCACUCAAAGCUAUUGCUUGGAAAUACUACGCUGUCUAUCUUGCCCUUCUCAUCGUCUUCUUCGUCUUGGAAUACCUCUUCUUCCCUGAGACCAAGGGCUUGUCACUCGAAGAAAUCACUCAAGUCUUCGACUACGGUGUCAAAGGACGAAAAGCUGCCAUCGAGGAUGUCAAAGCUCACAUUGUGGAAGAAAAGGGACACGACGCCGGUUCUCUCCGCAAAGAAGACAUUCAGCAUGUCGAGGAACGUCCCACCGUCUAA